GCUUCGCCACGCUUCGCCAUAUGCCGAUGAGGCAUAUUGGCUUGGUACUUUGACGUGUUGGUGGCGUCUGCGCAUCCGCCUAUUCGGAUCUCACCUGCAGCAUCUCAGACUACCAAAUGCGGCCAUCUGUUCGCACCCCCAUUCGGCACCUUGGGCUUUCCUGUCAGGGACCGCAUCAUCUAGCGUACGGAGCGGACCUCCCCAACCAACUUUUGCCCAGCUCAAACUUCCGUCCCGGACGAUCAGCGCUUGCAGCCGGCCUUGGACUUGUGGGUUCAUCGAACACUAGCGCCAAAAGGAGCCAGGAAACGGUUCAUCGUUCACUAGAUCUGAAUGCUUUCUUGAUUCAGUGCCUACUUGGACAGUGCGUGGAAUGACUGGUAUACGGUGUUUCCUGUCCAUGUGGAUCGUGAUUAUGCGCUUCGGUUGAGACGCACAUAGGCCUCUGGCGCUUGACACUUAUGCUUUUGCGGCAUACCUCCAUCUUGGGAGCCUUGGCAAUAUCAAAUGACUGUAGAUCAUGGCAAGUACAGCGUCAAUUAUAGCCAUGUCUACGUA